CGCAAGAAGCCAGUCAGCAGUGCUGUGGGAAACUGUAUGAGGAGGAGCACAGCUGGGGCAGACAAAGACGACCAUUAUCGUGGUGUGUGGAGGUGGAAUUCUCAAUUUUCUCGCUGUAGCAAACGAAUCUAGUGAUAUAAUCUCGAAGCCGCCCUUAUUGAUGAUGGCCCACGGAUCACAACAGCCAGCAAGUAGCGCGCUGAGAGCACUGACCUUGGAAUACAAGAGCUUGCAGGAAGAGCCUGUGGAGGGAUUUCGUGUAAAGCUUGCAAAUGAUGACAAUUUGUUUUGCUGGGAAGUAGCACUGUUUGGACCUCCACAUACACUAUAUGAAGGAGGAUACUUCAAGGCUCACCUAAAUUUUCCUUCAGACUACCCAUACUCACCCCCCACUGUCAAGUUCCUCAGCAAGGUGUGGCAUCCCAAUGUUUAUGAGAAUGGUGACCUGUGCAUCAGCAUCCUGCACCCGCCGACUGACGACCCCCAAAGCGGGGAGCUGCCCUGCGAGCGCUGGAACCCCACACAGAACGUCAGGACGAUCCUGCUGUCGGUGAUCUCGCUCCUGAACGAGCCCAACACGUACAGUCCGGCCAACGUGGACGCGUCGGUCAUGUACCGGCGCUGGAAGGAGUCCAAGGGCAAGGACAAGGAGUACGAGAACAUCAUCAGGAAACAGGUGUCCUCGUCACGGGUGGACGCAGAAAAGGACAACGUCGUUGUGCCACUGACCCUAGAGGACUACUGCAUCAAGACGAAAGCCCGGCCGGACACGGAGCCGGUGGACAUUACCGACUUCUAUGACGACGACUACCUCGAUGACGACGAAGACGAGUCCUCCGACGGAGGAUGGCGCGCCCGGCACGUCUGCCGAGAUGGAGCGGGCUUCCUCUGCUCCAGAGACCAUCCUCCGUCCACCCAUGUCCUGGCCGCCUUCCUGAAGAGUCGACGCAUCAUCCUAGAGAAGUCCGAGCUCAUCGCUUGA